AUGUCCGUCGGAGCGAACGGAUUCAAGAGAGUCAUUCAAGGUGAACCAGUUGAUACGGUCGUUGACAAGCACUGUAUCUUGUGCCUAUUCGAAGGCCUGAUCUAUUUUGCGAUCUUCAGUGCUUCAGUGACGAUUUAUGAUUUACUAACUCGACUCGGUUCUAGUUCACAAGGAAGGAGGAGUGCUGAAAGGAAAAGGACGACGUGA